CGCGAGUUUCCUGAGCUCUGCUGUGUGUGCCUCGUCUCAUCCUCGUCGGAUACGAGAGAUAGGUUUGUUUUCCUUUCGUCUAGAUUUGGGUAGCCUCUGUUCUGGUUCCUGAGUCGCCUUUGAAAGCAGUAAUCCAUGGAGGAGGUCGUCACAUCGAGGAAGGAAGACGAGCGGAAGAAGAAUGGUCUGUCUUUGCCCUCGAGCGUCAAGGCUUACCUCGACCCUGAUUAUUGGAAUAAGCGAUUUACCGUAGAAGAUCACUAUGAAUGGUUGAAAGAUUACUCUCAUUUCCAACAUAUCAUGAGCCGGCAUGUUAAAGCCACCGACUUUGUUCUUGAGUUAGGCUGUGGGAGUUCUCAAUUGUGUGAAAAUUUGUACAAGGAUGGGAUCACAAACAUUACUUGUAUAGACCUCUCUGCUGUGGCUGUAGAAAAGAUGCGGAAGCGGUUAAGGGAAAUGGGAUAUAAUGGCAUCCAGGUUCUUGAAGCUGACAUGCUAGAUUUGCCAUUUAGUACUGAGUCUUUUGAUGUUGUUAUUGACAAAGGUACCAUGGAUGUACUUUUCGUGGACAGUGGUGAUCCAUGGAAUCCAUCUCCUUCAACUGUUGAGAAGGUGAUAGCCAUGCUUAAAUGUGUUCACAGAGUUUUGAGACAGGAUGGCACCUACAUUUCAAUUUCUUUUGGUCAGCCUCAUUUCAGACGGCCUUUAUUUGAGAUGGAAGAACUCACUUGGUCUAUUGAAUGGGAAACAUUUGGUGAUGGCUUCCACUAUUUCUUCUACACAUUGAAAAAGGGGAAGAGAUCAUCGUCUGUUAAGCAUAGCCAUGCCAGACCAGAUGUGCCGCCUAUUUAUCUGCUGCAUGAAGAACUGGACAGUGAAGACUUCCUCUUUCGAACGGAUAUCUGUGAAUAGUCUUGUAGAUCAAUUGUAAGCAUACAGAGCUCUCUUUUGAUGGUCCAUCCACGCCUCCAUCCUUCCAUCCAAAUUGCAGCUUGAGAGUUGAAAUGGGGGUGAUUGCAGUAGCUCUUUGAUAAUUGCUGCCUUCACCAAAGUGUCGUAAGCAUUGCCUUCGUUUAAGCUUAUUAGUUAUGCCUUUGCUGGACAUUGUAAUCUUUUGACAAAUUCAUUUUGAUUCUCAGUGGUUGAAUUAGCACUACCGUGUCAGAUGCAUUGAGUUUAACAUGCUGUACACUUUUCUGUUUCCCAUUUUUUUGAGUGGUUUUUAGUUGGGUGGAUUUGGUUUACCAGACAAGGGAAACUCUGGCAUGUUCAGUUUGUAAAUUUGGAGCUUGUGCAGUUUGCAGCGAAUGCAGACGUAUUUUUCUGUCAAAAGCACUUUCUCACUUUCA